GUGCAUCAUCCUUAAUUUGCAGGCCAUAAUGCAGGCAAAGCUAAGGGGCAAUUUAAAAUUCUUAAAUAUACCCUGAAAGCAUUUAUGCUUCGAAGAACAAAGGCUUUGCUCGUCGAGCGUGGGACUUUGAUGCUUCCUCCCCUUACUGAGAUUACUGUGAUGGUACCGUUGACAUCUUUGCAGAAGAAGGUGUACAUGUCAAUAUUGAGGAGGGAACUGCCAGCACUUCUUUCAUUGUCAUCAGCCUCUUCAAGUCAUCAAUCAUUGCAGAAUAUUGUCAUACAACUUCGAAAGGCUUGCAGUCAUCCUUACUUGUUCAGUGGUAUUGAGCCUGAACCAUACAAGGAGGGUGAACACCUAGUGCAGGCAAGUGGUAAACUUAUUGUUUUAGACCAGCUGUUAAAGAAACUCCAUGCAGCAGGACAUCGUGUACUACUAUUCGCUCAGAUGACUCAUACGCUCGACAUUCUUCAGGACUUUCUAGAGUUGCGGAAGUACACCUAUGAACGGCUUGAUGGAUCUGUACGUGCUGAAGAACGGUUUGCUGCGAUAAGGAGCUUCAGUUCUGGACCAGUUAAAGGCUCCAUGAAUUCUCAGGCUAACAAUGACACUGCAUUUGUUUUUAUGAUCUCAACUAGAGCUGGAGGAGUUGGUCUUAAUCUUAUCGCUGCUGAUACGGUUAUAUUCUAUGAGCAAGACUGGAAUCCCCAAGUGGACAAGCAGGCUUUACAGCGUGCACACCGCAUUGGUCAAAUGAACCAUGUAUUAUCAAUUAAUCUAGUAACAGAACGUACCAUUGAGGAGGUAAUUACCCGGAGAGCAGAAAGGAAAUUGCAGCUCAGCAACAAUGUUGUUGGGCAAGACAGUGAGGCCUCUGGAACUAGGAAAGAUGUAGUAGUUGAAGCUGGUGAUAUGCGAUCUCUUAUUAUUGGGUUACAUAGCUUUGAUCCAACAGAUGUUGACGCUGGAAACAUCAGUGUUGAAAAUAUGAUGGAGCUGAAUGCAAUGGCUGAAAAGGUGGUUGACAUGCGUAAUCAUCGGCAUCCGGAGAAGGACAGAAACACAUUUGAGAUCAAUCCAAAACAAUUGUCGAAUAGAGAUUAUCUUUUUACAAGUGCUGAUCCUGAUAAUUUUGAUCCUGGAUUGGACGAGGCUGCAUAUCGCUCUUGGGUUGAGAAGUUCAAAGACGUGUCUAAAUCAUCUGAGAGCUCCAUGCUGGAACUGGGAAGGAGAAGAGGCAUGUCAGAAGAGCGUGAUUUAAAGCGCGAGGCUGAUAAGAAGAAGGCAGAGGAAAAACGACUGGCCAAGUGGGAGGCUCUUGGUUACCAGUCAUUAGCUGUGAAAGAUCCUGUUUCAGUAACUGAUAGUGCCAUCCUAUCUGAUUCAGGAUCUGUCCAAUAUGUGUAUGGAGAUUGUACCAAACCAGAGAAAACUCGUCCAUCUGAGUCUGCUAUAAUAUUCAGUUGUGUAGAUAAUUCUGGGAAAUGGGGCCAUGGAGGAAUGUUUGAUGCUCUUGCUUGUCUUUCAACGAGUAUUCCGAAUGCAUACUGCCGGGCUUUUGAAUGUGGUGAUCUUCAUACCGGUGAUCUGCACUUAAUAAAGUUAAAUGGGUCUUCUGGUGAUAAAAUUAUUGAUGGAGAUUCUCUUCGGUGGGUGGCUCUAGCUGUUGUACAAUCUUACAAUCCUAGGCGCAAAGUUCCUAGAAGCAAUAUCUCUAUAGCUGACCUCGAACAAUGUUUGUCAAAGGCGUCUUUCUCAGCUGCUCAAAAUUCUGCAUCUAUUCAUAUGCCACGGAUUGGUUAUCAAGAUGGAUCACAAUCACAACGGUCUGAAUGGUAUGCUGUAGAACGUCUUCUGCGGAAGUAUGCAUCGAUCUACGGCAUUAACAUCUUUGUGUAUUAUUUUCGACGUCAGUCUGAGGAAAAGCAACAGGAAUCAAUGCAAUGAAGGGAAAGCAAUGUCAGUACCUUAUUUAGAUGUGCUGAGCAGGUUAGAUGUGCAUUUUUCACUUGUCCAUGUGUUUGUAAAUACUUCGUAAUCAGAUGCGUGUGUAAAUGAUUCCGAAGUAAAAAAUCGUACUGUUCUUGAUCAUGCUGCCAUGGACAUAGCUUUAUAACAGAGGGUUUAGCUGUCUGCUACAUAAUUUUGUGGUGUGAUUAGAUAUUUGAGUUUGGGAGGUAUUCUACUAUGUCCUUAUAAUUCAGUUUAGUGAACCUCCAUCAUCUCCUGCCACAAAAAAGACAUGCAGCGAUACU